UGCUCGUCAGUUGCCAACGGGGUGCGCGUACGGUAUCGUUAACGGCGGCGACGUCGACGUCGGUCGUCACACCGCACGAAUUUUGCACGGCUGGUAGCCGAUAGUGGUGCAGUGAUUUAUGAGACUUAGCCAUCAUCUCGUCACGAUCGCCGUUAUUUUUAUCAUCUUCAUCGUCGUCAUCAUUAUCAUCAAAUUCAUCAUCAUCAUCAUUAUUAUUACGAAUAUUUAGAUCUUCAGAUUGCCAUAUCUGUUUCACUGACCAUCUUAUUCGCUUUUUGUCUUCAUCAGCUGUUGAUAAAGCUUUAAGAGGAGAUAGAGAGAAAGAAGACGCUCUGAUAUUUAUUACUCAAACUCGUCUUUACUUCUAUUAUCGAUUGCAUUAUCAGGAUAAGUUGCGUUAUCGCGUGGAUACAGGUCACUGUCUAGAUAACUCCUGCGUCAUUUCAAUUGAUUCAUUCGUCACUGUGUGUAACCGCGAAACCAGUCCUUUGCUGAUGAUGCAGAAUGGGCAAUUUAUAUUCAAACGGAAGGACCUGGUGCUAUCGAUUUGUCGCUGCUUUUGUCCCACAGAACGUUCUUCAAUCGAGUGGGUGGCGAACUGGUUCACGCGUUUCGAGUUUAACAGAGGAAAAUUGCAUAGCUUGACGUAAUUGAGGAUGCAACACGAUAAUUCAUAGAUUUAUGUUAAAAAUUCGAGGCGACGUGCGUAUGGCGAAAGUAGUGAAAAUUCCUUUGUAAAUAUUUAUAACAUAACAUUCAUCCGUUCAUUUUUUUGUUGUUAGUUGUUCGAUCGUAUUUCAUAUUCAGAGAGUCGGUCCUUCUCGUUCUAGACGGAUCUAGCUAGUAAAGAAGUUCAUGCCGUAGGUGUACAUACUGGCAGUAAGAGCGAAAGAGAGAAAGAGAGAGAAAGAGAUGGGGAAGGAAAACGUUUAGGAGCGAAAGAGAACGAAAGACAACUCUGUUUCUGGCAACAAAUUUCGGGCUCGGUGCUCCCAUCAGUCGUCGUCGGGGAGCGCGACUGUGCCCGCGGUUUUGUCAUAUCGGUUCUACAAAUGUCCGCAGUGGUGCAGUGACAUAAAAAUCUAUAUUUUUCUUCAUAUAAAUCUUUUCACUUUACGUCUCUCGCUCUCGCGCACGUUGAUAGAUUGCUGAAUCUGGACACUUUUUUUCAUCUAUUUCUCUGUUCUCUAUCAUGUUUCGUGACAUAUGCGGCUUGUCAGUGAAUUGUCCACGUGUAAUAUAAUGAUUUAUUCUGGAUGAUAGCGUGUAUCUAUUUUUAUUGAUAUGUACAUAUAGAUUUGCAUUUAAUAAGAAAAGAGUAUCUGAUCGAUGUGUGUUGAAAUAAAUAAAACAAAGUGUAGUAUUAUAUAUUGGGAGAUUGGUGAAUUGGAAAGAGAAAGAGAGAGGACUUCUUUGAUUAAUAAUUUCAGAACUUCUCUAAAUUGACAUAUGAAUUUCAUUUACUAUUAUUAUCAGGGGCAUUUCCCUGUGUAAAUAAGUUGGGAAACAAAAAUGCGAAAUCUGUAUCGAAAGAGAAAACUUUAGUCAAUACUCAUGUAAACUGUGAUACCGUGUGCAUGCGCAUCCGUAAUUAAAACUAUAUUUCACCUAAACUUUUGUCCGAUGUUGCAUUGUUAAAUAACCUUUUAUGAUGGAAUUCUUCUUGUACGGUUUUAAGUUUUUACUAAUGAAUAAUAUUAAUUUUUGACGAAAAAAUUCUCGGACGUAUAAUUUUCGUUAAGUCGUGCCACACGUGUAAUCAAAUUAUCUUUAUACAUAUGUUAUAUAAAGAUUAUACAAGUUUUACGUAAUUAUACUGACUUUGUGUCUAAUGGAGAACGAAAACAACAUAAUUAGGCGGCCACAUAUAACACCAUUGUUCUUGACCUUCUCUCCUUUAUAUUUUUGAUCUUCUUUUCUAAGGUCAUAUAACACUAUUCAUCAUUCAUAAUGUAACGAUACUUUUCACGAAAUAACCACAAUUUGUGUUGUAUUCAUAACGAGGAAUUUUAUCGGAUUUUUUAACGAAUUAACGAUUACAGCCGUAAUCAAAUAUGCGAAUAAUCUUAUACUUUGCACGAUCGUUCUGCGAAACUUAGCUUGUAAAAAGAAGCAUGUCAUAACAAUAUCCGAUGAUAUUGUUAUCAUUACCGUGAUCGAUGAUCUCCUGAGAUCUUGUUGCAUUUCGAAUUUAUUAUUUGCAAAUCAUCCACUCGUUUCUCGUGAGAACUGAACGACAAAUGACGCGGCAGCUGCUGCGUUUAGGCUAUAAAAUUAGCCUACCUAAAUGGAAACGAGGCAGACAGCUGCUGCACUUUCGGUCUCACUUGUACGAGCAAUAUUUCUUUUACUUUCAGGGUCGACUUUCCUUCUCGACCCUCUCGUCUCAUCACCCUCGACAUCGACCUUUGAAGCCUUCAGGCGUAGAAAGUCGCCGUACACUUUUCUCUCGUUGACAGGACUCUAUCGUAUAUGGCUAAUCAGUACUCAAAACACAUGUCGUGCAAACUAUAAAUAAUAGUAGUGUGUAGGUAAAUUCUUGAGGGCCCGUCUGGGUUUAGCAUGUCGUCUCCUCUUGUUAUCCUCGCAUAAUAACGUCGGCAGACGAUGUAUCCUCCUAAGCGCCUCCACCAUCACGUGGUGACACCAACCACAUACAUUUUACGAUGUCUCGUGGUUGUAACUAUGAUCGCGGCUGCGGCGACGUUUUUGCACAUUAACAAUUACAGACCUAAACAAACAUUUCUCUCCUGCGACAGACCAUGUCAUCACUUGGAUUGGCCCAUGAUCUGCCGGGUGAAACUCACCUUGGAGGUCUUCCAGUCGCUCAGCAAAUCAUGUGGGGAUUGCCCGUUGAAUCAAACAGCUUGCUUGGCGAAUCACUGCGUUUCCGCGGAUGGACAGAGACGGGGUAUCCUUACGGCCAAUCGUCAGAUGCCAGGACCUAGUAUUCAGGUCUGCGAGAACGACAUCCUGGUGGUGGAUGUGAUUAACCGUCUUCCGGGUAAAGCUACGGCGGUACAUUGGCGCGGACAAACGCAAGUGGAAAUGCCAUAUAUGGACGGCGUGCCGUUGGUGACGCAGUGUCCAAUACCGAGUUAUACGACUUUCCAAUAUAAAUUUCGAGCCUCCAUGGCAGGCACACAUCUCUGGCACGCACAUGCAGGCGCCGAUGUGACUAACGGUAUUUUCGGCUCGCUUAUUGUGAGGCAAGCGGAUCUUAAAGAACCUCAUCGUGCUCUUUACGACAUCGACGACCCUAAUCACGUGAUCCUGGUGACACAGUGGCAACACUCGCCGGAAAUCUCGUUUAAUCAGGGUCACAUGAAGCCGGCGAUUCUUCUGAUCAAUGGAAAGGGUCGUCAGCCCAACGGACCUACGGUACCCUACACAGCAUUCACGGUCGUUCCCGGACGACGUCACCGAUUCCGCGUCGCUAAUGCCGGAGGCGCUGGUGCAUGUCCCGUGACGUUGUUCGUCGACAGCCAUAUGCUCCUCCUGAUUGCACUUGACGGACAUCCUAUAAAGCCGCGACCAGUCACCUCGAUAACGUUGGCGAAAGGUGAAAGAGCAGACUUCGUGCUCAAAGCGAGUAAACGCAUCGCUUCCUACUGGAUGAACGUUCAUACGGCGAAAGAAUGCGGGACGAGCACGAUAAAUGGCGCGGCAAUCCUCAACUACAAAGGUAGUUCGGAAAUUCCGGUGGCCAUGGUGGACGGUAUCGAUCAGCAGGAUAUCGACGAGAUGGAGACGACCAGUUUGGCCGCGACAACAAAUCCCGUGGAAAAGUGUGGCAGCUCCGAAAAUCUGUGCGUCACAGACAUACAAAACAUGCGAAAGAUGCCGCGCAUCCUGGCUAAACCUAAAAUGGACGUGACAAUGUACUUGCCAAUUAACUACAAAAUGCAGGCCACCGAAUUGAUAGGUAAUGGCGGGUCGGAAAUGCGAGUGCUGAAUGUGGACAACGCCACUUUCACGUUUCCGUCGUCGCCGCUAUUGACUCAAGGUAGUGACGUGUCUCCCGGGAUGCUGUGCUCCAACAGCAACCGGAACGGCAACGAGGACGAACGUGGUGAGAGCAACGAGACCGUGCCGCGACGUCGAUGCCGUAUUGGCGGCGACACCACCGGUGCGAGCAACAUGUGCGAGUGCGUACACGUGCGUCACGUGCCACUCGGAGCGACCGUGGAAAUUGUUCUCUUGGACCAGGGUGGUCUGGACGAUUUAGUGUAUCACUUGCAUGGCUACAGCUUUUACGUGGUAGGUGCCAGACAAUUCGGACGAAGUAUGUCAUUGCAAGAUAUAAAAAAUCUGGACGAGAGAAAGCAACUGUUCUCGCGAAAUCUCGACUGUGCACCGGCCAAAGACACCAUCGUUGUACCCAAAUUUGGUGCCGUGGCGUUGCGAUUUAAAGCUGACAAUCCGGGUUAUUGGAUGUUACGAGAUGAACACGCGGCUGAUUGGACUCGCGGUUUAGAUGUUAUCCUGCAAGUCGGGGACCCUAGCGACAUGGUAGUUGCGCCGCAGGAUUUUCCCAAAUGCGGAUCCUUCGUUGGACCCGAUUAUUUCCUUAUAUAGACUGUUAAUCACUUAGUUCGAUUAUAUGUAUAUAUUUGUAUAUAACAAUAAUAUUCCGAACACAAGACUAAUUGCAAGUAGAUGAAUUUUAUUACAAUAUUUUUUUAUGAAUAAAUAUUCGCUUAUAUAUUUAA